AUGAAGAAUCAUCCAUCCAAACACAACUCUAGAAGGAAAAACCCCCAGCCCACUAAAGAAAAAACCGGCGAAACCUCGGCGAAGCCACCGACAAACCUGCCAUCAAGGAAGCCAUCCGUCGUCCCUCAACCAUACGCGGUGGCGGCUUCUUCAUCCCAGACUGUAAUUCCCAACCCAACUGCAGUACGGCCAGAAUCAAUGCCGGUGAUUUCAACCACUCCGCCGAUUACAACCGCCGUCGCCACCACAGAGCGGAUUGAGGAGCCCAAUCCAGAACAAAUCAUGCAGGUGUUCUUACAAAAUUUUGGCCGUGGAGCAAAGGCAAGUGCAAUCUACGCUGGCUUGGCGGAGACCAUUACAUCUGCCCCUGCCCCUGUUCUGCCACAUGCAGAGGAGGCGGGUAGCCCCCGUAAGAAAAAAAUGGAGGAGGCAGAAGGAGAUGAUAAGGAGGAGAAGAAGGGAAAUCAGGGUACUGAAGGAGGGAAGAAUGAAGAAAGAGUGUCUGAGGGGGAGAGUGAGGAGCGAGUGGAGGAUGAAGAACCAGAGGGAAACGAGGGUAACGAUGGUGAUGAGGGAGAUAAUGCUGAAGGUACUGGGGAAGGUAGAGAGAGAGAGGAGGUUGAUGAAGAGGAUGUUGCUGUUGAGAAUGAGGAAGACAUCGUCGGUGAGCACGAUGGUGAGAAUGUUGAGAACGAGGAACCUGUUGAUGAGAGUGUGAAUGAACCCGAGAGCGAAGGGUUGAAAGAGAUUGUGGAUUUGGAGGAUGGACCGGAUGGUGAGGAAACACCGGUCGAUGAGAGAACGACGAGGAGGAAUAUUCGCCGAAGCAGGCAGGUGGAUGAAUUAGUGGCGGCUACAAGGCCAAUGAAGUUGCAGUUCGGCACCUCAGAGGGCGAGGUACAAACAUGGGAGGACAUCCCUGAGGCCCUGGAGACUCCAGAGAAGGAAGAGGAGGUCUCUCCUGAGGCCGUGGAGAAGCGCUUUGCUGCUGAGCGUAAACGCAAAGAAAAGCAGGAGGCUAAGCCCCUGACUAAGAAGCACGGGCAGGCUUCCUGCACCGUGGAGAUCAAUGAACCUACCCCAGAGCCCAUCUGUGUGCCGUUUGCCAAGCCAUUAGAGGGUCCCAAUGAGGAUAGCGAGGAAGAGGAAGAAGCGGAUGUUAACCCGCCUGAGCAGUCCAUCUACGAGAUUAUAGAAGUUCUGGUGACAAGGAAGCUAUUAGAGGCCAUGGCCCAUUUCGACUAUCACAAGAAGGCUCUAACAUAUGGGAGCGAGGGGCGAAUGAGAAAUUAG